AAAAAUGUCCGAUUUUGGUAAAGGUUUAUCCAUUUAUCUACUGAUAAAUUACUUAUCGGUGGUUUACCUGUGUUAUUAUCCGCUAAUACAAAAACUGUCGGCGCAUUAUUGUCUGGGUAUAGAUGUGUUCAAAGGGUAGGAUUAUUUGAUGUGGUCCAAUUUAUCUGUCACUUCCCCUCAUUAUUGGCCCAACAAACUGAGUAGUAGGACGACAACGAGCUAAUAGGAGUUUUGAAGCAUCAACUGGGAUGAAUAUGGUUUCGGAGCCGUUUUUUGAAGUUAGAGGAUCCAGCGUGAUCGCUCUAGCAUGCGCUCUGCCAUUUGGCUCGUUUGUGAUUUGUAUCCUUCUUUCAAUCUUUCUUCACUGGGAUCAAGUAACCAAAACACACUGCAAUGUACCAAAUUAUGUUCCCUCCAUAAGUGCAGCAACUGGAGAUUUUUCACCAGAGAAGUACAUUUGGCGUAUUGGCAUUGCCUAUCACAGCCUUUUGCGGAUGGUGUUUCCUUUUGUGAAUUACAACUUCUACAAGUACAAGGCCAGCUCUAAUAUCAAAAGCAAGUGGUUUCCAUGGCUUAAUUUUCUGAAUGCUUGUGUCACUGUAGUAGAAAACUUAGCACUCGUACUUCUUACCUAUGUUUCCUCUUCUGAGAACUAUAGUGUCCAUGAGGCAAGCUUUAUUACUUUCCAAGUCUCUGCUAUGGUGUAUAUGCUUACUAACUGUAUAAUAUUCAGAUGGACAUUGUCUUCUCCACCUACACAUCAGGAAUCAGUUUCCAUGAGAUGGAAGGUGAUAUGUCUUCUUCUCAAUUAUAGCUCUUUUGCAAUGGCAGUGUACUUCUUUUUUAGGCAUAACUGGUACUGUGAGAGUGGAGUAUAUAGCCUUUUUGCCUUGUGCGAGUAUGUGACAGUGUUGUCCAAUAUUGGAUUUCAUGGAACAGUAGCAAUAGAUAUUGGGGGCUCUCUGUUGACUUUGUCAAGCAUUGCAAGAACUUUUAUAAAGAAUCACUAGGCCACAUGGUAAAGAUGAGUCUACUGUAUUGCCUGGACUAGCCACAUGCACUUGCUAAUUCAGGGGUGGAUAUGUAGGAGACCCAUAAAGGAGCGGCCGAAGCAAGAGUUUCAAAAAAGGGGGCGUCCGGUUUCAUUGCUCUUCCAUAUAUUUCCUUUUAUUUCUUGUAAUUUGUAAACCAGAUAUCUGAAAGUAGAGAGGGGCAGGGCCCGCUCUCCCUUAGAUCAACCCAUGUCAUUCUAUUGGGCACACAUUCUGUCCAAGUAGUUUUCCUAGGGAUAUUCCUGUAGGUCUGCUACCAAGAGUAUCUCAUUCUAGUUAAGGAUCAGAAAGGAGUAAACUUUAAUAAAAUCACGAAA